CCGAACUAUUCCGAAACGGUUCCACCAAAUCGGUUCAAUAGCCCACAUUGCGACCGAUCGAUCACUUGUAGCCGAAACACGGGUUGGCGGAAGUCUGGAGGGCCAAACGGGGUUCGAUUGGUUUCGAAACCAACCCGUUUCGCUUUGUGUCUGCACAUAGUGAACAGACCCAACUCGCCGGAAAUUUAAUUCCCGAUUAUCCUUCUACUCAAAUGUGUGUCGCACUCGGAACCUCUGUCGGCUCCGAAUUAUCAUGACGGAGGAGGUAUUGGGCAAACAGAAACGGAGCCGUUUUUGGAAACUUUAUUUCCACGAGUUCUUUGUUUCUGAAUUUUCGUGGAAAAGUUUCGGAUGUAGCCACGACAGACCGGAUGACUUCAUCGAUUCCCAGUGGCUUUGGAUGAAACCGUGGCUAUUCACAACCUAUCGCGUGCUCCUGUCCCUGGGUACCUUGGUGUGGAUUUGCUUUGAUAUCCCAAGAGAAAUACACAACUACUUCCACGACAAGACACACAUUUGGUUUGUGUACGCAACCAACUGGUCAUUUGGACUUCUCACACUCGCCUUCUUCCUCCUCGCACUCUACUGCCUCAUCUACAAUUGCCCACGCAGAAAAGACGCUACGCUCAUUCUAUACGGGCCAAUUUGGCUGAUAUACAUAAUCGCACUUGACACAAUAAUCGUGGUCAGUAUUGUCUACUGGGUCGCUUUGGCCAACAGCAGUUUGGGUGUCUUCUCCAGUAUCUGGGGCAAACUCAAGCACUCCUUGGCCGCAUGUCUGGCCAUCCUGGACCUGCUCAUAUCCUCCAUUCCAGUCCGAUUGGCACAUGUGGUUUACCCAAUUCUGAUGGGGCUCAUCUACGGGGUGUUCAGCUAUUUAUUUUGGCUUGGAGGAGGAGAAGGUCCUUUGGGAGUCGGACAAGUCUAUCCGGGCCUGAAUUGGAUUCACCCGAAGACCGCGAUUCUCUCCUGUCUGUGUGCAUUGUUAUUCAGCUUUUUGAUUCACAUACUCAUCUACGUCACGUACUACAUUCGCGUAAAGCUGAGCACUUGCUUCGGCGGCCGACAUGCGGAAACGGUUAACCAGAUGGAGGAAGGUUAUAACGACCUCAGAGAUGAUGUGGAAAAUGAACUUAGGGACGAUGUCGUCAGUGAAAGUUCAGUGACCACGUGGAUGGAGGACAGAACAGGCCGAUACUAUGGUACAGUGGAGUAGAGACCUCAUGGUCCGAACUUGUCCAAACUAACACGCAAUGGUCCCAAGAGGCCAACCCAAAAAUAGAAAAUCAUGCUAUAAUACACGAGCUUCCGUGUUUUGAGAAUAAAUGCGCAAUGUAUUUGACGUGUCAGAGACAGGCAGAAUGUGGAGGGGAGAGGAAAAACUUGGCCGUACACAAAUCGGAACAUGAUAGAUCGAUACGGAUUGAAGAGAAUCACGUUUUUUGUUACACAGAAGAGGUAAUGAAGAAUGCCAAAAGGUGAACGACGACGAACGGAAAAGGCACCGUGAAAAAGUUUACAUACAAAGAGAGCAGAGAGAGAGCGCACAAUAUAGAUAGUUUGUUUGCAGCUGUACAAGAAAACCAGCCGGCAUAACGUACGAAAUAGUAAGACGCACACAGGGUAUUACAAUUUGACCAACACGUUCUAUGCAGGACGAGGAGGUGGACAGGGGAGAUUAGAGAGUACAUGAAUGUAAGGAGGAGAAACUGGAUGGAAAAGAAUGACUGACAACAAACAGUGAAUUAGCGUCCAGUCAUACACAGGCGGGUGGGAACUAGAGGACCCACGACGAAACGGGUGGUACGAGACCCACAUAAAAACCGUGCACAAAUAGACGCGCACGUAACGUACGUAAGUGGAUAUAGCAGUCUGCUUAGAUUUAUAUUCUUUAUUGAUGUAGGCAAGACAUGUCAAUAAAAUGUUAAGGGGGUAGUGUAGAGUAUGGAUGAGUGAAAAAACAAAUAUAAAUCAAUAGGACCAAAAUGAGAGCAAAACCACGGAUACGGCGGCGUUGAUGUGCAUAGAAAAAGGAGCCAUACACAACCUAGUGGGCUGCAUCAGGCACCUGGGUUAUCCGUCUGAUCCGUGGUAGUGACGGUUGUUGUGGCUCCGUUCACGAUCGCCAACUGAAUAAACCGGCAAUAGAGCGAAGGUGGAGUUGAGAACACAAUAGGGCACAAUUGUAACGAAGAAUUCGGAAUUUGAAAAUGUACAAUAAGGGAAUGAAUGAAGAUCACCAAGCACAUGCUUGUUUUGGUACGGCCUACUACCAUUUAAAGGCAAUGCAUACCUAACCAAGGGUGCCGAUAUAACGAACUUGAUGUCACGACAGACCAAUUAACUUCCACCAAGCGGAACCAGAACAGGGACAUCUUACAAGAAAAGUGAUUAAAAUCCAGGUUUAAGUUUAUAUAGAACUCAGUUCAAGCAAUGUAGCAGCAGAUGCCUUUGAGUUCAUUGGCAAUAAAGUCGCGAAAUUCAAAUGGACAGACCGUGACUGAGUUGUUUCUUCCCGUCCCUCGUACUGGGUUCGGCGAAUGCUGCUUGUUAUUAGCACUGUUGAUGACAGUCACUUAAAUAGGUACGUUUCGUUCUGUCUUAUUGGUUUUGUUAAAAGUAAUCAGAUGAUACGUCACUGGGUCAGGGCUAUCUUUUUGAGAAUGCUGACCAAGCAGUGUAGAACCACAUUAGGUUCAUCUAUCGGACGGAUUUCAGUAUUCCUUACGGCACCAAAGUGAA